AUCUUGUUCAACUUCACUCCAACAAUGGAUUUCCUCUCUCUCACCACACAAAUUGCAUUAUCAUUAUUAUUUCUAGCAACCAUAUUAAUCAUAUACUCUUAUUUUAAUUCAACCAAGAAGGUAACAACUCCACCGGAGCCGCCGGGUGCAUGGCCGUUGAUAGGGCACCUCCACCUCCUCGACGGCCCGAGCCCGGUGGCCCGAACCCUGGGGGCCAUGGCCGACAGCCACGGCCCCGUCUUCUCCCUCCGCCUCGGCAGCCACCGCGCCGUGGUGGUGAGCAGCUGGGAGGCGAUCAAGAAGUGCCUCACCGCCAACGACCGCGUCUUCGCGACACGGCCGAGCAUGGCGGUGGGGAAGCACUUGGGCUACGGCGGCGCGAGCUUCGGGCUCGCGCCGUACGGGCCUUACUGGCGUGACGUCAGGAAGAUGGUGACCGUCGACCUCCUCACGGCCCGCCGCCUUGACGAUUUCAGUCAUGUGCGGACAGCGGAGGUCGACGGCUUCGUCAAGGAUUUGUACUCGAUGAGUGGCGGAGGAAACGGCGGCGAAUCGAAGAAGGUGGUGGCUUUGAGUGGUCGGAUUGAGCUCUUGACGUUCAAUAUCAUCUUACGGAUGCUAGUUGGGAAAAAGUUCUCGUUUUCCAAAGGUGAUGACAAAAAUUGGGGGUUCCAGAAAGCCAUAAAGAAUGCAUUGUACCUGGGUGGAGUGUUCGUUUUUUCUGAUGCAAUCCCAGCCCUUGAAUGGUUGGAUAUUGGAGGAUACAUCAAAAGUAUGAAACAAACUUUCAAGCAAGUUGACAAUGUUCUUGAGGAUUGGGUUCAAGAAAGAAUUCAGACAAGAAGGCAAAAAAAUGAUCAAAGUGUCUCAGAUUUCAUGGAUGUGAUGUUGUCGACAAUGGAGGAGAAUGAGAUGAUAGCUGGUUACACAAGGGAAACUGUCAUCAAGGCCACAAUUCUAAUGCUCAUCUUGACGGGAUCCGAGAGCACGAGCGAGACAAUAAUAUGGGCAAUCUCGUUGCUGCUAAACAAUCCCCAUACCAUGAAAAUGGCCCAAGACGAAAUCGAUAAUAAUAUAGGCAGAGACAGAUUCGUGCAAGAAUCCGAUAUCAACAACCUCAUCUACCUGCAAGCAAUCUUCAAAGAAACCCUAAGGUUGUACCCGCCGGGGCCACUGUCGGGGCCCCGCGAGGCCCUUGAGGAAUGCCACAUAGGCGAAUACUAUGUCCCAAAAGGCACACGUUUGGUCCUGAACCUAUGGAAGUUGCACCGCGACCCUAAUAUUUGGUCCGAACCAAAUGAGUUUAGGCCCGAGAGAUUCCUGAACGAGAAAAGUCCAAUAAAUUUUAAUGGACAAUAUUUCGAGUUCAUCCCGUUUAGCUCAGGACGAAGAAUGUGCCCCGGAUUGACGUUCGGUCUGCAAGUUAUACAUCUAACCCUAGCCCGUUUGCUCCAAAGCUUCAACUUGUCGAUGCCAAAUGGGGAGGCAGUUGACAUGGGAGAAGGGUUGGGAAUUGCUCUCCCAAAAUUGAAGCCUCUUGACGUAGUUCUCACUCCUAGGCUUCCUCAUAAACUAUACCAAAGCAUCUAAUUAAAUAUAUUUAUUUCAUCAUUAAUGAAGCCUAGCUCAAGUGGUAAAGUUGUGAGAGAUUUUGGGUUCAAUUUCACUUGCAUCCGUAAUGCGUUUCACUUUUGUGUAGUGUAAUGAUCCCGUCUGCAUGUGGCGUACUAUAUUUUUCAUAUUUGUGUUGUGUAGAGGUCCCUCUUACGUGUAGUAUAUUUUCGACCUUUGUAUGAUGUAGAUGUCCCUCCUAUGUGUCGUGGAGUGGCUUAUUUGAUAAUUUAAUAUAUAUAUCUCAUAAAUAAAAAUGACGCAUCAUGAAGU